UUUGGAAGUCAGGAUCUGCCGUUUACUGAACUGAAUUCUAAAAUGUUUUCUCGAAUCUUUCUCCGUUUUGUCAGCAAUGUUUCUACCACUGCUGUGGGUUUUCUUUCCGUGAUAGUGCACCGGCUCCCAGUUUUGAAGAGAUACAUGGGAAAUACUCACCAGGAAAAAGCAAUCAUGGGGCAGAGGCAUAAUCUGCCGUGCAUUGCGCCACUUGUGAGCACAGUGGAGGAGACACCCCAGAUCACCUCUGCCCGAGUCCAAGGGCACAUUCCUGAGUGGCUCAAUGGCUACCUGCUUCGAGUUGGACCUGGGAAGUUCGAGUUUGGGAAGGAUAAGUAUAGUCACUGGUUUGAUGGGAUGGCGUUGCUUCACCAGUUCAGGAUGGAGAAGGGCACAGUGACAUACAAGAGCAAGUUUUUACAGAGUGAUACAUAUAAAGACAACAGUGCUGCCAAUCGGAUUGUGAUCUCAGAAUUUGGCACCCUGGCUCUUCCUGAUCCAUGCAAGAAUAUUUUUGAACGUUUCAGGUCAAAGUUUGAGCUGCCUGUCAUGACUGACAACACCAAUGUCAACUAUGUGCAGUACAAGGGCGAUUACUACAUUAGCACUGAGACCAAUUUUAUGAACAAGGUGGACAUUGAAACUCUGGAAAAAACAGAAAAGGUGGACUGGAGCAAAUUCAUCGCUGUGAACGGGGCAACAGCACAUCCUCACCUUGACCCAGAUGGAGCGACGUACAACAUGGGGAACUCCUAUGGGCCAAGAGGUUCCUGCUAUAAUGUUAUUCGGGUUCCUCCAGAGAAGGGGGACCUUGGGGAGACAAUUCAUGGAGCCCAGGUGAUAUGUUCUAUUGCUUCUUCAGAGGCAAUGAAGCCGUCUUACUAUCAUAGCUUUGGAAUGACCAGGAAUUACAUAAUCUUCAUUGAACAGCCUCUAAAAAUGAAGCUGUGGAAAAUUGCCACUUCUAGAAUUCGGGGAAAGGCCAUCUCAGAUGGGAUAAGCUGGGAACCCCAGUAUAACACACGGUUCCAUGUUGUGGAUAAGCACACUGGACAGCUUCUUCCAGGGAUGUACUACAGCAAACCUUUUGUUACUUUUCAUCAAAUCAAUGCCUUUGAGGACCAGGGCUGCAUUGUAAUUGAUCUAUGCUGUCAAGAUGAUGGAAGAAACCUAGACAUUUACCAGCUACAGAAUCUCAGGAAAGCUGGGGAGGGGCUUGAUCAGGUCUAUAAUUCAGUAGCCAAAGCUUUCCCGAGAAGGUUUGUUUUGCCCUUAGAUAUCAGUGUGAAUGCCUCCGAGGGAGAGAACCUCAGCCCGUUGUCCUAUUCUUCAGCCAGUGCUGUGAAGCAGGGUGAUGGAAAGAUCUGGUGCUCUCAUGAAAAUCUACAUCAUGAAGACCUAGAGGAGGAAGGGGGCAUUGAAUUCCCUCAGAUCAACUAUGGCCAAUUCAAUGGCAAAAAGUACCAUUAUUUCUACGGCUGUGGCUUUCGGCACUUGGUGGGGGAUUCUCUGAUCAAGGUCGAUGUGGUGAACAAGACACUGAAGGUUUGGAGAGAAGAUGGCUUUUAUCCUUCAGAACCUGUUUUUGUUCCAGUACCAGGAUCCAGUGAAGAAGAUGGUGGGGUUAUUCUUUCUGUGGUGAUCACUCCCAACCAGAAUGAAAGUAAUUUUCUUCUUGUCUUGGAUGCCAAGAACUUUGAAGAAUUGGGCCGAGCAGAGGUGCCUAUACAAAUACCUUAUGGAUUCCAUGGCACAUUCGUUCCCAUCUGAUGGGACAAUCACAGGGUCUAGGAACUAGGUUUAAGUGAUGGUCCUGCACACCAAUGACAGAAAAUAGGGCACCCUACCACUCAAACUGUAGAA